GCCGCGCAUGCGCGCUGGCCGUUGUUACGGGAGACGCGGCCUGUGACUCCUGAUCAAUCUGCGGCGAGAUGUCCUGCAGACAAGCGAAACAUUUCUGGGAUUUUUCUGCAUUGAGGAUUGCAGAAAGGUUGUUUGAGGGCUCGGGUUGCAAACGAGCCUCGGUGGAACUGGCCAAAGGAGUAGGGGGUGACGGCGCCGGCCGCCACAGCCACAGCCAUCUGCUACUGACGUUGGUCACCGCGCUGUCUCUGCUCAGCCGCUUCUACCACUUGUCGGAGCCCCAACAUGUGUGUUGGGAUGAAACUCACUUUGGAAAAAUGGGAAGUUAUUAUAUCAACCAGACAUUUUUCUUCGAUGUUCAUCCUCCACUAGGCAAGAUGCUAAUUGGAUUAGCAGGAUAUUUGACUGGAUAUGAUGGCACUUUUCCCUUUAAGAAACCUGGAGACAAAUAUGAACACCACCAUUACUAUGGCAUGAGAGCGCUCUGUGCAAUCCUGGGGUCUUGCCUCGUUCCCUUUGCAUAUCUCAUUGUUUUGGAGCUGACCAGGUCACUUACUGCUGCACUUGUUGCUGCUGUUAUUCUGAUAUUUGAUACUGGAUGUAUAACUAUUUCACAGUAUAUCUUGUUGGAUCCUAUUCUAAUGUUCUUUAUUCUGGGAGCUGUCCUGUGCAUGCUGAAGUUCAAUGCCAUGAAGGGCAGGCCCUUUUCUCUACCUUGGUGGCAAUGGUUGAUAUUGACAGGAGUUAAUAUUGCUGGAGCCCUUGGAGUAAAAUUUGUUGGAAUCUUUGUGAUCAUCCUCAUUGGAAUUAACACUGCCAGUGACCUCUGGCACCUUCUGGGAAUUCUUGACGUAUCUUUGGUUAAGUUUGGAAAACACUUGCUAGCUCGAAUAUUGUGCCUCAUUCUCCUGCCUCUGAUUUUCUACACAACCUUGUUUGCAAUUCAUUUUACAGUUUUGAAUAAAAGUGGCCCUGGUGAUGGAUUCUUUAGCUCUGCAUUUCAGUCUCGUCUCAUUGGUAAUAAUUUACACAAUGCCACAAUGCCAGAAUAUAUUGCUUAUGGAUCAAUAAUUACAAUGAAGAAUGUGCGGACUGCAGGUGGAUAUCUGCACUCUCACUGGCAUCUCUAUCCAGAAGGGGUUGGAGCACGACAACAACAGGUUACAGCAUACUUACACAAGGAUGAUAACAAUCUUUGGAUUGUCAGGAAACCUGAUCACACCACAGAUCCAGAUGGCCCUGCCCAGUAUGUUCGACAUGGAGAUAUAAUCACGCUUGAACACAAAGAGACAUCACGGAAUAUGCACAGCCACCAGCACGAAGCACCUCUGACUAAGAAGCAUUUCCAGGUCACAGGUUAUGGAAUAAAUGGCACUGGGGAUUCGAACGAUUUCUGGAGAAUUGAGGUGAUUGGGGGACUGAAUGGGGAUCUGAUUAAAGUCCUCAGGAGUAAAAUUCGAUUAAUCCACGUGGCUACUGGCUGCAUUCUAUACUCUUCUGGGAAGUCAUUGCCCAAGUGGGGAUGGGAGCAGGUUGAAGUCAGUUGUAGUCCUUAUCUUAAAGAAACCCCCAACUCAUUGUGGAACAUUGAAGAUCAUAUUAAUGCCAAAUUGCCGAAUAUCAGCCUGGAGGUGCUGAAACCAUCAUUCUUUGAGAUACUACUGGAAUCUCAUGUCGUCAUGAUACGGGGUAACAGUGGCCUAAAACCCAAAGACAAUGAGCUCAAUUCAAAACCCUGGCACUGGCCAAUUAAUUAUCAGGGUCUUCGUUUCUCUGGCACAAAUGAGACUGAAUAUCGAGUUUAUUUAUUAGGAAACCCCGUGAUUUGGUGGCUGAACCUUUCAAGCCUUCUUAUCUACCUGCUUCUCUUCAGCAUUACAGUUGUCUACCUACAGAGAGGAUAUCAGCCGAUUCAUUUGGUCAGAGGGCUGAAAUGGUUGCCACAAGAGGAUACAGGGGAGAAGGUACAGAGGAGAUGUUGGGAGCGCUGUUACAUUAUUUUGCGUGCAGCUAGGCAUGUGUGGCUGGGUUGGAUCCUGCAUUAUUUACCAUUUUACCUGAUGGGCCGAAUUCUCUACUAUCAUCACUAUUUCCCAGCAAUGCUCUUUAGCAGCAUGUUAACAGCAAUUACCUGGCAUGUCCUGCUGCAAAGUUCUGACCUCUUCUUAAGCCAUCAAGUAGCCCGAAGAGUUUACAUUGGCGGAGUUACAUGCUUGAUUUUUGCCUGUAUGUACAGCUUCUACUUGUUUCAUCCACUGGCCUAUGAGAUGGUUGGCCCACAUGCUCAGGAUCCUCACAGCCCAAUGGCAGGGUUGAGGUGGAUGGAGUCCUGGGAAUUCUAAACCUCACUGAGCUCAGACACAGGUGACAGCAGCCAUUCAGUGUCAUAGCACUGCCACAACGCUAAAGCGAAGAUUCUGUGAAAAGAGGAAUGGGGCGACUUGCUUUGCCAAACUUUUGAUCAAUUCUUCUUCUCAUCUUCAACACAAAUAAUGGUGUUAUUAAACAGACAUUUGUGAGCGUGUACUUGGAGUAUUAUGCUUACAGAUUCACAGGCAUAUUGCUGGGACUGGAGGCCUUUAGUUAUAAGAAUAGAAUGGAUAAGCUGGGACUAUUGUCCCGAAAGCAAAGGAUAGUAUCUCUUUAUGGAGGUAUAUCCCUCUCAUAGAUAAGGUAGAUUGUCACAGAUUUACUCCCAGGGUAGGGAGUAAAACCAGAGGCAUGGAUUUGUGAAUAUAGAAAGAUUUAAAGGGGACCUGCAGGUGAUGGAUAUGUGGAACAAAGUGCCAGAGGAAGUGGUAGGGGUGGUUGUGUAAAUAACCCUAUAGGGCUGGUGGAAAAGGCAGAUACAUUGGGACUUUUAAGACGCUCUUAGAAUGAGAUGUGGAGGAAUACAUAGCAAGAAAGGGUUAGAUUGAUCUUAGAUUGGGUUAAAAGAUCAGUACACAAUUGUGAGCUAAAGAGCCUGUACUGUUCUAUGUUCUAAAGAACAUUUAGAAACAAAGACAAGAAAGAUUUAGAGAAGAUUCUGGAUUUGGUGUUGUGCAAUGAACUGGAAUGUGGCCUAAUCAAUGUUUUAGCCAGUAGUGAUGUGGCUUUUCAAUUUUGGACACGUGAAGUGCCUGUACUCACUGGAAUUUAGAAGAAUGUAGGGGGAUCUCAUUGAAAUCUACAGAAUGUUGAAAGGACUAGAUAGUGUGGAUAUGGUGAGGAUGUUUCCUACGGUGGGGGUAUCCAGAACUAGAGGGCACAGCCCCAAAAUUGAGGGGCAACCCUUUGGAAUAGGAAGAUGGCAUUUUUUUUUAGUCAGAGAGUAGUACAUCCGUGGAAUGCUCUGCCACAGACUGCAGUGGAGAUCAAGUCUAUGGGUAUAUUUAAGGCGGCAGUUGAUCAUUUCCUGAUUGGUCAGGGCAACAAAGGAUCUGGCGAGAAGGCAGGUGUAUGGGGUUGAGUGGGAUCUGGGAUCAGCCAUUGAUGGAAUGGCGGAGCAUACACAAUAGGCUGAAUGGCUUAAUUCUGCUCCUAUAUCUUAUAGUAACAUAGAAACAGAGAAAACCUACAGCACACUACAGGCCCUUCAGCCCACAAAGUUGUGCCGAACAUGUCUUUCCCGUAGAAAUUACUAGGUUUACCCAUAGCCCUCUAUUUUACUAAACUCCAUGUACCUAUCUAAAAGUCUCUUAAAAGACCCUAUCAUAUCCACCUCCACCACCAUUGCUGGCAGCCCAUUCCACACACUCACCACUCUGAGUAAAAAACUUACCCCUGACAUCUCCUCUUUACCUACUUCCCAGCACCUUAAACCUGUGUCCUCUUGUGGCAACCAUCUCAACCCUGGGAAAAAGCUUCUGACUAUCCACACAAUAAUGCCUCUCAUCAUCUUAUAAACCUCUAUCAGGUCACCUCUCACCCUCCGUCGCUCCAAGGAAAAAAGGCCAAGUUCACUCAAUCUAUUCUCAUAAGGCAUGCUCCCAAAACCAGGCAACAUCUUUGUAAAUCUCCUCUGCACCCUUUCUAUGGCUUCCACAUCCUUCCUGUAGUGAGGCGACCACACCUGAGCAUAGUACUCCAAAUGGGUUCUAUAUAGCUGCAACAUUACCUCUCAUCUCCUAAAUUCAAUUCCACGAUUGAUGAAGGCCAAUACACCAUAUGCUUUCUUAACCACAGAGUCAACCUGUGCAGCUGCUUUGAGUGUCCUAUGAACUCGGACCCCAAGAUCCCUCUGAUCCUACACACUGCCAAGAGUCUUACCAUUAAUACUACAUUCUGCCAUCAUAUUUGACCUAUAGUCUUAUGGUCUUAUUGAAUUGAUUCAAGAGGUUAAGGCAAAGAAACUCUUAGGGGCCAGUGAUCAUAAUAUGAUAGAAUUCACCCUGCAAUUUGAGAAGGAGAAGCUUAAGUCAGAUGUAUCAGUAUUACAGUUCCCUGAAGUUGGAAUCUCAUGUGGAUAGGGUGGUGAAGAAAGCUUUUGGUAUGCUGGCCUUUAUAAAUCAGAGCAUUGAAUAUAGGAGUUGGGAUGUAAUGUUAAGAUUGUACAAGGCAUUGGUGAGGCCAAAUUUGGAAUACUGUGCACAGUUCUGGUCACCAAAUUAUAGGAAAGAUGUCACAAAAUAGAGAGAGUACAGAGGAGAUUUACUAUAAUGUUACCUGGGUUUCUGCACCUAAGUUACAGAGAAAGGUUGAACAAGUAAGGUCUUUAUUCUUUGGAGUGUAGAAGGUUGAGGGGGGACUUGAUAGAGGUAUUUAAAAUUAUGAGGAGGUUAGAUAGAGUUGACGUGAAUAGGCUUUUUCCAUUGAGAGUAGGGGAGUUUCAAACAAGAGGACAUGAGUUGAGAGUUAAGGGGCAAAAGUUUAGGGAUAACACGAGGGGGAAUUUCUUUACUCAGAGAGUGGUAGCUCUGUGGAUGAGCUUCCAGUAGAAGUGAUAGGGGCAGGUUUGAUAUUGUCAUUUAAAAAAAACUUGGAUAGGUAUAUGGACAGGAAAGGAAUGGAGGGUUAUGGGCUGAGUGUAGGUAGGUGGGACUAGGUGAGAGUGAGCUUUUGGCACAGACUAGAAGGGUCGAGAUGGCCUGUUUCUGUGCUGUAAUUGUUAUAUGGUUACAAAGGAGUAAAGGGAAUUACAGAAGCAUGAGCGAGGAGCUGGUCAAAAUUGAUUAGAAAAGAACAUUGGCAGGGAUGACAGCACAGCUACAAUGCUGGAAUUUCUGGAAGCAACUGGGAAGGCUCAGGAUAUAUAUAUCCCAAAGAGGAAGAAGUAUUCUAAAGGCAAGGUGAUACAACCAUGGGUAACGAGAAGUCAAAGCUGGCAAAAAAAAACCCUGAGAGGGCAUAUAACAGAACAAAAAUUUGUAGGAAGUUAAAGUAUUGGGAAAUUUUAAAAACCAGCUAAAGAGUCAUUAAGAAGGAAAAAAAUAGAAUCCAACAACAAGCUAACCAAUAAUAUUGAAGAGGAUACCAAAAGUUUCUUCAGAUGCAUGAAGUGUAAAAGAGACGUGAGAGUAGAUAUUGGACUGCUGGAAAAUGAUGCUGGAGAGGUAGUAAUUGGGGAAAUGUGGGACAAGCUGAAUAAGUACUUUUCAUCACUCGUCACUGUGAAAGACACUAACCAUGCCAGAAGUUCGAGAGGGUCGGGGUCAGAAGUAUGUGAAGUUGCCAUUAUUAAGCAAAAGGUACUUGGGAAACUAAAACGUUUGAAGGUAGAUAAAUAACCUGGACAAGAUAGCUUACAGCCCAGGGUUCUGAAAGAGGUGGCUCAAGAGAUUAUGGAGGCAUCAGUAAUGAUCUUUCAGGAAUGAAUAGAUUCUGGCAUGGUUCCAGAUGAAUGGAAGAUUGCAAAUGUCACUCCAUUCUUCAGGAGAGAGAGCAAGAAAAAGGAAAUUAUAGGCCAGUUAGUCUGAUCUCAGUGGUUGGGAAGAUGUUGGAGUCACUUGUUAAAGAUUUGGUUUCGGCUUAUUUGGAAGCAUGUGAUAAAAUUGGCUGUAGUCAGCACGGCUUCCUGAAGGAAAUAUAUUGCCUGACAAAUCUUGGAAGAAACAACAAGCAGGAUAGACAAAGGAGAAUCAGUGAAUGUUGUGUACUUGGAUUUUCAAAAGGCCUUUGACAAGGUACCACACACGAGGGUGCUUAAUAAGUUAAGAACCCAUUGUAUUAACUUGCAUGGAUAAAGCAGUGGCUUAUUGGCAGGAGCCAGAGUGGGGAUAAGGGAGCCUUUUCUGGUUGACUGCUGUUGACUAGUGGUAUUCUACAGGGGUCUGUGUUGGGAUUGUUUCUUUUUAUAUUAUAUCUCAAUGACUUGGAUGAUGGAAUUGAUGGCUUUGCAGCAGAGGUUACAGACGAUUUACAAAGAUAGAAGUGGGGCAGCUAGUUUUGAGGAAGUAGAGAGGCUACAGAAGGACUUACACAUAUUAGGAAAAUGGGCAAAGAAGUGGCAGAUGGAAUACAGUGUUGGGAAUUGUAUGGUCAUGCCUAUUUUCUAAACAGAAAAUUCAAAAAUCUGAGGCACAAAGGGACUUGGGAGUUCUUGUGCAGGAUUCCCCAAAGAUUAAGACCAUAAGAUAUAGGAGUAGAAGUGGGCCAUUCGGCCCAUCAAGUCUGCUUCACCAUUCAAUCAUGGGGUGAUCCAAUUCUUCCAGUCAUCCCCACACCCGUCCCUUCUCCCCAUACCCUUUGAUGCACUGGCUAAUCAAGAACCUAUCUUAAAUUCACCCAGUGUAUUGGCCUCCACAGCCGCUCGUGGCAACAAAUUCCACAGACUUACCAGCCUCUGACUAAAGUAAUUUCUCUGUUCUGAAUGGACAUCCUUCAAUCCUGAAGUUGUGCCCUCUUACCUGAGAUUCCCCUACCAUGGGAAAUAACUUUGUUUUAUCUAAUCUGUUUGGACCUUUUGAAAUUCAGAAUGUUUCUAUGAGGUCACCCCUCAUUCUCCUGAACUCCAGGGAAUACAGCCCAAGAGCUGCCAGACAUUCCCCAUAUGGUAACCCUUUCAUUCGUGGAAUCAUUGUCAUGAAUCUUCUCUGAACCCUCUCCAAUGUCAGUAUAUCCUUUCUAAAAUAAGGAGCCCAAAACUGCACACAAUACUCCAAGUGUGGUUUCAGGAGUGCCUGAUAGAGUCUCAACAUCACAUCCUUGCUCUAAUAUUCUAUACCUCCAGAAAUGAAUGCCAACAUUGCAUUGGCCUUCUUCACCACUGAUGCAAUCUGGAGGUUAACCUUUGGGGUAUCCUGCACAAGGACUCCCAUGUCCUUUUGCAUCUCAUCAUUUUGAAUUUUCUCCCUAUUUAAAUAAUAGUCUGCCCGUUUAUUUCUUCCAUCAAAGUGCAUGACCAUACACUUUCCAACAUUGUAUUUCAUUUGCCACUUUGUCCAUUCCCCUAAACUAAGUCUCCCUGCAGGCUCUGUGUUUCCUCAACACUCCCUGUUCCACCACCUAUUUUUGUAACAACGGAAAAUUUAUCUACAAAUCCAUUAAUCUCAUAGUCCAAAUCAUUGACAUACGUCGUAAAAAGCAGUGGUCCCAAUACUGAUCCCUGUGGAACUCCACUGGUAACCAGCAGCUGGCCAGGAGAGGAUCCCUUUAUUCACACUAUCUAUUUUCUGCCGAUCAGCCAAUGCUCCACCUACUAACUUUCCUGUAAUUCCAUGGGCUCUUAUCUUGCUAAGCAGACUCAUAUGAGGCACCUUGUCAAAGGCCUUCUGAAAAUCCAAGUACACCACAUCUACUACCUUGCUUGUAAUCUCCUCAAAAAAUUGCAGGAGGUUUGUCAGGAAACCAUGUCGACUUUGGCAUAUCUUGUCAUGUGCCUCCAGGUACUCUAUAAUCUCAUCCCUAAUUAUUGAUUCCAAUAACUUCCCAUCCACUGAUGUCAGACUGACAAACCUAGUUUCCUUUCUCCUGUCUCCCACCCUUUUUUAUAUGGAUAUUUUUAUGCAAAAAGAAAAUAUUUUUAUAAACAGAUACACAUAAGAAAAAAAGCAAACAAACAAAAAACAGACAAAAUACUAACCCCCCCCCCCCAACCCACAACCCUGGUGUUAAAAAUUCCUUCCUCGUUCACAAUUGAAAAAUAGCAAAAAUAAAAUUCGAUCAAGUAAAGUAUGGGGUCCUAAUGUGUAGUAUUAAUAAGGUAUAUAUUACUACACUAAGCAGAUAGUAUGAGCAUGUGAAGACAGGUAUCCAUACUAAUUCAGUAGCUGAGGAGGUAUAAUGGUAACCACAACAGACAGGAUCUCCUGGUUGCCACUCACUACAACUCUCCCUCUCAUUCCCAUUUGGAUAUGUCCAUACUUGGCCUCCUCUACUGCCAUGAUGAGGCCAAACUUCGGUUGGAGAAACAACAUCUCAUUCUACCGUCCGGGUAGUCUCCAGCCCCUUGGUAUGAACAUCGAACUCUCUAACUUCCGGUAAUUUCCUCCCUCUCCCUUCCCCAUCCCACCUCUACUCUGUCUCCUCUUCUAGCUGCCUAUCACCUCUCAUGAUGCUGCCUUCUUCUACUACCCAUACUGAUUUCCCUUUAGAUUCCUUCUUCACCUCUCCUGCCUAUCCCCUCCCUGCUUCCCCUCCCCCACGUCUUAAUCUUUCCUCUGAUUGGUUUUCCACCCUCUCCCCACCUUCUUUAUACGGUCCCUUCCCCCUCCUCCUUUAGCGCUGACGAAGGGUUUCGACCCGAAACGUUGACUGCUUCUUUCAGCAGAUGCUGCCAGACCUGCUGAGUUUAUCCAGCUUUUUUGUACGUCUUGAUAAUGAUGGUAAUAAGGCCAAAAAAGAACCCCAUGUUUUUUCAUAUGUUACUGGUUUCCUCUUCACACCAUACAAGAUCUUUUCAGGUUUACUACAGGAUGUUAGCUCGUUUAACCACUGCCUGUGUGAGGGAGGAAAGUCAGAUUUCCAGUUUUGUAGGAUGCACUUUUUCCCAGCUGUAGCCGCAAGCAAUAUGAAGUAUUUUUUUUAUUGUAGUUCACAUUAAGACCUUGUAGAUCUUUCAAAAUCCAGACACUAGGAUCAAAUGAAAUUUUGGUUUUUAUAAUAUCUGAGGUUAUUCUAACAAUGUAUUUCCAAAAGUCUUCCAGAUAAGAGCAUUUCCAAAGCAUAUGAAGUAAGUAUCUGUCACAAGAUUUACAUCUCUGACAAUUAGGAGAGGUAUUAUGGUAUAUUUUGUGCAGUCUAUGUGGGGUGUAGUAGGUCCUGUUAAAGAUAUUAAACUGUACUUGUCUAUGUUUAGUUGAAAUUAAUGCAGUUUGAGACAUUUGAAGGAUAUUACACCAAUCGGCAUCAUUAUAUUUGCAUUCAAGAUUUGAUUCCCACUUAUUUUUAAUAUCACUCUUAGUAUAGAUUGGCAAGUUAUUGUUUAAAAUAACAUAAAUAGAUUAUAUAAGUCCUUUUGUAGUGUACAGGGCUUCACUAAACAGGUACUUUUCAAAUGGGGAUUCUAUUGGAAUUUGUGGAUAGCCUGUAUAACUGUUACGGACCCAGUGUCUAAUCUGAAAAUAUUUCAAUAAAUUUUGAUUUGGUAGAUUAGAUUUACCAGGCAAUUGUUGAAAAUUGGCAAAGUUAUCUUGGCUAUAUAAAUCAUCAACUGUUUUUAUACCACUAUUAACCCAAUUUUUUAGAAUGCUGUCUGCAUUCAGGUGGGGGAUAUUGGAGUUAUUCCACAGAGGAGUUUUCUGAAAUAAUGAGGUAUUUAUACCAAUAACUGCAUGAGCUUCUUGCCAUACUGCAAAAGAAUUUAAAAUUAUAGGGUUCUUAGUAAUAUUUAAGAGUGCUUUUUUUCGAUGUUAAAAAAGGAAGAACUUGUAAGGGAACAUUUUUUAAUUGAUGUUGUUCAAUAGGAAACCAUCUAGUCUCAUUGUUCUCAGAGUACAACCAACACCAUAUUGGACAAAGUUGAGCUGCAAGGUAAUAACAUUUAAAAUUAGGAAAAUUUAAUCCUCCUUUGGCAUAAGGGGCCUGAAUGGUUGAGAGUUUGACUCUAGGGACUUUACCUUUCCAUAAAAAGCUGGACAUUGAUUUGUUUAAAACAUUAAAUAGACUUUUGGGAAUUUUAAUUGGGAGACAUUGGAAUAAAUAUAGAAAUUUGGGGAGUAUAUUCAUUUUAAUUAAGUUUACUCUUCCAAUUAAAGAUAAUGGCAGUUCCCUCCAUUUCUGUAAACCUAAUUUAACCCGAUUCAAUAAUUUAAUGUAAUUAUCUUUAAGGAUUUUGUCUGCAGAUCUCCUAAUUUCUAUGCCUAAAUAUUUAAACCUAUUUGAGCACCAUUGCAAGCGUUUGACUAGGUUUUUUAAUGUUAUCCUGUAUAUUAAAAGACAUGACUUCACUUUUUGAAAGGUUUAAUUUAUAUCUAGAAGCGGCACUGUACUGUUGGAAACGUAGAAGGGAGGGUAAUGACUUUUCUGGAUCAGACAGGAAAACUAAGAGAUCGUCGGCAUAAAGGGCUAGUUUGUGUUCAUUUGAGCCAAAUUUAAUGCUGAUAAUAGUAGGAUUAGAACGAAUAGCAAUAGCCAGCAGCUCAACAACUAUUAAGAACAGCAGCGGAGCACUUGGACAACCUUGGCAGACUCCUCUGGAUAGCGGGAAGGUACCCGAUAGGACUCCAUUAGUUAGAAUUUGAGCUUCAGGACCGGCAAAAAAUGGUUCAAUGUAUUGAAUAAAUCUCCUUCCAAAAUUCAUUGCUUUAAAAGUUUGCAAAAGGAAGGUAGGUUCUAUCCUGUCGAACGCCUUCUCUGCAUCCUUCGACAUGAUCGCAUGGGAUCAUUUUGCAUAUGAAAAAAUCUCCGUACAUUUUCAGAUCCAUUUCAAUUUCUGACAAAACCUGUCUGAUCAGUAUUAAUGAUUUAGGGAUAAUGCCAUCUAUUCUUAAUGCAGUUAAUUUUGAUAAAAUCUUAUAAUCUGAACUCAAAAGACUAAGGGGCCGAUAAGAAGUACAUUUUUGACAGUCCUCAGGUUUUGGCAGUAAUGUUAUUGUAGCCAUUUCCAGGUAACUAGGCAGAGUUUUAUUAAUCAGUGCCUCCUUAAACAUAUUUGUUAAAGUGGUUACAAGCUUAUCUGAAAAGGCUUUAAAGUAUUCAAUUGGAAAGCCAUCUGGCCCUGGAGCUUUAUUUCUGUAGAGACUUCAUAGCGCAAAGAAUCUCUUCUUCAGAUAUAUCAGAGUCAAAACGAUCUUUAUCCUUAGGAUAUAACUUAGGCAGAUUUAAUAAGUUCAAGAAACAUGUUGCUUUGGUAUUUUCUAUAUCAUGUUCUGUUUUAUAUAGCGUUUCACAAAACUUUCUGUAUUCUUGAUUUAUGUCCUGUUAAUGAGGGAUUUACCAUCAUCCAUAACAACAGAUUGGAUAAAUCUAUCAGUUUCUUCCUUUUUUAUUUGCCAGGCAAGUAACUUACUAGUUUUGUUUCCGAAUUCGUAAUAAUGAUAGUUAGUUCUGGCCAUAUCUGCCUCAGCUUUACUUGUACAUAAAUUAUUGUAUUGAAUCCAUUUUAAAGUCAGUGUAUUUAGUAUUCACUGUUAGUAAAAGCAUUUUCACGUUUCAAGAUUUCUGAUCUCUUCCUCUAGAGAUACAAGAGUUUUCCUUUUUUCUCUUACCUUAUGUGUGCUAUAUGAAAUGACUUGUCCUCUCAUAUAUGCUUUUAAAGCCUCCCAUAUAUUUGCAUAGGAAGAAGAAUUUGAAUUAGUUUCCAUAAAUAAAUCAAUGUGUCCGUUCAUAAAUCUGAGAAAUUCGGGAUCAUUAAGCAUAUAUGUUUUAAAUCUCCAACUAUAAGAUGAUGACUAUGCAGUAUCCAUCCUCCAAGUCACCUUUAUUGGAUUAUGGUCAGAGAGUAUAGCUGGUAGGUAAGAGCAUUCAAUAAUCCUGGAUACCAUACUUUGGGAUAUUAAAAACAUAUCAAUUCUAGAAUAGGAGCCGUGGACAUUUGAAAAGAAGGAGAAGUCCUAUACAUUUGGAUUAAGUUGACGCCAAAUAUCACAAAACUCCAGAUCCCUCAUGCCCUGAUCCAGGACGGACGCUGCUCUUGAACGAUUAAAAGAUCUUGGUGUGUAUCGAUCCAUUGCUGGGUCUAAGACCAAAUUGAAGUCACCACCAACCAGACAGUGGUCCAAAUCUGUCAUAAGUUUAAAUACCAAAUCAUUAAAAAAAAGGGAUCAUCAUGGUUGGGGCCGUAGACAUUAAUCAGUGUGACCCUGUUCAUAUUUAGUUCACAAUUAACUAAAAUAAGUCUACCAUUCUUGUCUUUUUCUGUUGAUAUUAAUUUAAACCUCACGUCUUUAUUGACGAGUAUAGCUACUCCCCUUGCUUUUGUGGUAAAUGAAGAAUAGUAAACAUGUCCAACCCAAUCCCUUUUUAACUUGAUAUUAUAUGUUCUGUGUCAGAAAGGUGAGUCUCUUGUAAAAAUGCUACAUUGGUGAAAUGUCUCUUUAAAUAUGUAAGAAUUUUUUUCCUCUUAAUUGGAGAAUGAAUCCCCCUUACAUUCAAGGAGAUUAUUUUAAGUUGACUAGUCAUACCUUAAAGAAAAAAAUAAUGGAUACCUCAGAGCAUAAAGAUAGAACUGUAAGAAUGAGAGUAAUUAAGAAACAGAACCUUACCAUAUCCCUGUAUGAGACCCACCCGUUGAUGCCCCCUAGAUUAAAGAUCCCCGGUGGGUAGGCUACUCUCUCUAAGUAUGCAAGUGUAAAGAGGGUUUCUUCUUUUUUGUUAACUAGCAGGAAUGCUAAUUUACUGAUAACGAGAAUGGUAUUCCUUUGUAAACCAAAUGGGGAUUAAUGUUCUUUCUUCUGAGUCUGUAAGCUUUUGUUGACGGGCUUUUGGGCAGAUCGGCGCGAGGGGGUCGAGAGAGAGGACGCAAUGCUCUAAGCUGGGCGAGGAUCGGACCCCAAAGGGGGGUCCGAGGUCGGGAGAUUCUCCGAGGAGGGGGGGGGAUGAAGCUAGAUGUGCUUGGUUGACCACUCGGAGGGUCCUGAGCUGUUUGGAGAGUCCGAGGAGUUCGGAGGGUCCUGAGCUGCGAGUCGAGGAGUUCGGAGGGGAUCGAAUGGUGGCCAGAAGACUUCAGUAAUUGAGCUCCAACGGCUGUGCACGAAGUGGUUUGGACUUUGAUAAGUUUGGCGCCUUUUCUUUAAUUUUCUCUUCAUAUAUACUGUAUCGUUAUUAAUCACUUAGUUAUAGUAACCUUUAUAAAUUGUACUCAUUUAAUUGCA